ACAUUUAUUACCAUACUGUUGUAUUGAGUAAGUGAUGCUGAGAGUCUCUGCCCCCCCAACCACCCCCCCCAUGUUGUCUGAGUUUCCACUUCAAAUCUGCUCCUCCGCUUCUCCCUUCUUUAUCAUCCACUUUCUCCCCCCCUGGUCGCUCUCUGUGACUCUUUGGGAUGAGAUGCAGCAUGAUGCUUGGAGUGAGUUCGCGGAUCGGGGUCGACAGCGGGAGGGCGGGCAAAUCGGAGACAGCGCAGCUGACACAGGAAAAUACACACUGAUAAUGGGAGGGAACGAGCCAUAUGAGAUUCACAAAGGUGCAGCUGCCUGUAGCCCUUUGACACCAGAACUCUUGGAACUUCUCAACAAAUUAGUAGCUUUUGGAGCGGUUGAAAAACCCUGCAGGCGCAGAGUCCGUGACGCGCUCUCGUUCUAUAAUGUUGAUCCAGAUGGGAAACCGUCAUGGGCCAGGUGGAAUCUGAUACAUUGCACAUGCUGCCAUUUGAAGAAACUAUUGAUUCGCCCAGUCUGUGAUAAUUACUGAUGCAGUGGUGUUGAGUGUAGUUAACUCAGUCACGCUCAUAAUGUAACUGCUGUGCUAUGAAUCUUUCUGGGCGAGCAGUAUAUUUAUAGAAUGACACCGAAGUUAAAGCAAGCCUUCAUCUGUGUUUUUUUGGCUUAUGAAAAUUCAAUAGGCUAUAAUUGUUGAGGAGGCUUCAUUUUUAAUGCAAGGUGCAUUUUGACAACUGUGCCACACUGGUGCACUGCAUCGGCUCUCAAUCUGUUAAUCACUGAGUGACAGACGUGUGCUGUUUAUUGAGCCAUUAGCAAUAGGAUAGCGGUAAAUACUAAUCAGUGGUUUGUUUGUCUUCUCUGCAUCUUCAAGCUUUGCAGACGCUGUUUGCUUUCCUUUAUCUUGGUUCAGUGUCCAUCAGUACACUGUAGGCAGCGCAGAAACAAUACAACUUUCUUUAAUUUUAAAGAAAUUGUUUUAUGUAAAAAUAAAUGUUCACAUAUUAUGUCUUUUUCAGUUGAGGAGUCAGUUAUGUAAUAACCUUGAGGAAUAUUCUAACAGACAUUUUCUGAGGUGUAGAGCAAGUGUCAUCAAUGGCUCUAUCCUGGUAUCGCUGCCUCACAGCGACAGCGCUAGUUUGGGGGACUGUGUGGUCUCAGGGUUCCCCACCCUUGAACCCUGAGAAUGAGGUGCCACUACGGCCCACCAUCUGGCUCCCAGAAGGCAAAGUUACCCCCAUCUCUCUGCCAAAGGAUCAAACUCGGAGGCUGUACUUCACUCUCAAGAAAAGGGCAUCUUUGAUGUCCGUCACUGUCAUUCCGUGUGGUGUGCCGAUUGAAUGGAGCUUAGCAGCCAGGACAAUAAAGGACAGACCCUCUAAAAGCCUACAAUGGACUUCUAAGAAAAGUAUGCCAGAGGUGUGGUGGAGAGGCUCUGGAACGGAGCAAAAAAUGUACACAUUUAAAGGCAACACUGUGGACACCUACACUGGCCAUACUGUGUCUCCAGCAUCCAUCUACAUCCUUAAGAUAAAAUCCAAGGUACAGGAUUCUAGAGUUUCUGUAUACCUUCAAGAGGGAGACUGGGUGCCGGGAAUAUUUCCAGAGAUACCUCCCGAUCCACGUGUACAUACUGUGGGAGUAGGGAUGACCAGUGUCACUCUGAGCUGGAAGUCUAGUGCCUCUAUUCUGAAACUCCCAAAAAACAGUCAUAACUACCACUACUGUGUGUUGGUUAACCAAAAGCAAAACUACAAGAGUCUGUGUGCUGCCCAAGAGGAUGUGAAAAGUGAAAAGAAGAGAGCUAAGAAGCAAAAAUUAACAGUCUGGCCAGAUGUGAGUGAGUGGUGGUGGUACCAGUGGGAUUCUUUCAGGAAAUCAGGAGAGUCGACUUUACUGGACAAUUCCGAUGAACUACAGUGUGUUUGCAGAGGCACGGAAAGUGUGUGUACGGUGUCAGAGCUCAUUCCAGAAACAUUAUACUAUUUCGAUGUUUUUGUGAUAGACACAGUCAAUGGCACUGACUCAGCAUAUGCGGGGACCUUCACGCAAACGCAUGAGGAAGCCCGACAAAUAGCUACCCCUCUAGGAGAGGGUGAGCUCAGGUGGGUGGCUUUUCAGGGAACUGGGCGGCAAGGUAGCCAGUUUUUCAGCUUCCGCCCCCGUGGUUGGCAACAGAGUGCUCUUCUUACGCUCCAGAGCUGUACUGGCCAAAGGGUGAAGGUCACAGUCUCUGACAAGGAGCAAAUUCUUGCAUCAGAAGUGGUGGGGGAGGCAGUAGCACAGAUAUGGCUGCAAGGAAAGCCUGUAUAUCAGAUAUAUUUGGAAGACAUGAGUCCCGGUCAGGCAGUUAGGGGUGGGUCAAGGCCUAUGGUUAAAAUGCAGACCUCAUCUGCUUACCAUCGUCAGGCCGUCCCCGCACUUCCGACUACGCUGCAGAUAAAGUCCUUCAACAAACUCAGGACCUGCAACUCUGUUACAUUAGCCUGGUUUGGAACAGAGGAGAGAAGCUUGUACUGCAUGUAUCGGCGCAAGAUUAAGGAUGGAGAAUCUGCCAGUAGGCAACAGUGCCUAGGUCCAGAGUCACGCAGCGAGACGGAGAGGGUCCUCUGUAAAUACUUCCAGGAGCUGAACCCACGACGGGCUGUUACUACAGCGACCAUUGGAGAACUAGAACCUGGAACUGUAUACUUAUUUGAUGUCUAUUUGAUGAGACGUUGGGGAAUUCCAGUCAAAUACCACAGCAAGACUGUGCGCACCAGGAAGGAGUGUUGACUGUUUCCAUUUUCGUGUCUCCAACUUUCACUGAACUCACAAGUGAAAGCACUAAUCAAGAUAUGCAUAAUGCAUUUCCAAAAAGAGACAAUUAAGGAAUACUAUACAUUCCAAUCAAUGUUAUCUGAAGAUUUAAUCAUCAGCACCAGAAGUUGAGAACAACAAGCAGUUCAGAACCGCACCUACAAAGCCGUUGUUGUUUUGUUCUUGAUGUGCCAGUUAUCAAAAUGUUCCUGUUGAAAUUAAAAUAAAGAGAGGUGUUUACAAGGAAUACAUCUUUGCUACUGCCACGUUGUGUUUAAGUAGAAUCUUUCUAAUCCAACUGAAGCAAUAUAGAGUAAUAAGAAACUUGCUAAAGUAAUGUGUACAGUAUAUUGUGUUCUGCUUAAGCAUGCUGUUAGUGUAUGAUGUAGCAAUCUGUUUUACUGUCUGCUGUGUAUUCUGUGCUUUGCCUUAAUAAACUAACACAGAACAAGUGUUUGCAUCUGGUGCCAGAUGUCACGCAAGGCACCAGCUUUGGUGUACAUUAAAAAUGUUUUCACAGCUCCCUCUUUAAAUACA